AUGCAGAGCGACGUUGCCGUGUCCUGGAGACCCUCGGACGAGUUCCCCGGCAACCUGUACAAGGGCGAAGGAAUAGUGCCGGCAAGUCCUGCGAACGUCUGGGAGCUCCUGAAACCCGUCGCCAACGGGCUCAGACCGACCUGGGACCCGAAUGUGACGGGGUUUGACGUUAUUGAAACCAUCAGUGACACUGUCUCUAUAUGCAGAACUACUACCCCAUCAGCUCUCAUGAGGCUUAUUUCUCCAAGAGACUUUGUAGAUGUGGUUCUAACAAAGCAGUAUGAAGAUGGGACUCUAGCAUCCACUGCAACCAAUAUAGAGCAUGCGCUCUGUCCUCCACAGCCCAGUUACGUGAGAGGGUUUAAUUAUCCAUGUGGCUGUUUCUGUAUACCUGUUCCAGGGGAACCAGACAAGACCCAGCUCCUCAGUUUCUUUCAGACUGAUCUUGGUGGCUACCUUCCUCAGACUGUGGUGGACUCGUUCUUUCCAAGCAGCAUGGUUGGAUUUUAUAGCAAUCUGACCAAAGCUAUAAAGACGCUAAAAGCUUGAUGGGCAUGGAAAGUCUAAUCUCGCUGCUGGAGCAUAGAAGGGGGAGGUUAAGAGCAAAUGAUCCAUGGUCUGACAUAUUAGGUGAAGGUGGAAAAGGUAGAAGUAGAAACUCAUGUGAUGCUUUUCUAACAGCAAAGAUAUGUUGUUGGAAAGCUGAAUUGGGAGAAGUGCCUUGUCUCAAGUCAGUUUUUAAUAUGGCAUAUUCUGCCUGUCUUUCUAUCUGAGAAGCUUUGUAAUAUCAAUUCUUUUUUUUAUAUUUCUCUUAAAACAGAAGCUGGCAGUCUUCUGGAAACAGUUCUGCUCUCCCCCUCCAGAGGGAGUGUGUGCACUUCCAAAUUCCUUGUGAUUGCUCUCUCAGUGCAUGUCAGGGGAGACUGUUAAAAUCAGUGUUGUACCAGUUUAAGUCAGAUCAAGAAUCAAGAAGCUGUACUCUUUCUAAGGCGAGAGCUAGCUCCUUUGCUAUAGCUACUAAGACAUUACAAUGGAACCAAGCCAGAAAAUGGUCAAGCCCAGAGUUAAAAGGGUAGGUGAGGUGAGAUCUUAAUUCAUUCUAGACAUUUUAAUUUUGUUUCCCACUGACUUCAGUGCUUGAGUAUUUUUCUGAAUUAGGACUUACUAUUCUAAACCAAUUCACACAGGUCAGAGCUGAGUUGGCCUCUUUAUCACCCACUCUGUACCAAAAAAUGUUGACGUACAAACUGUCAGAAAGCAGUGAUGCUCACAUCUUUGGGGUUGCAGACCCCUUUAAUUAAGAACGGGUUACUUUCUUUAUUAUCCAUUACACUGAUUCAUUAAUAACAUGGCAAACUUAUUUUUUAAGUUUUCUGUGUUAUCGAUGAAUCUGUGCUAUGGAUAAUAAAGUCACUUUUAUCACUAUAGUCACACUGUCACUUCCUCAACAGCUUAAGGGAUUUAAUAGUUUUUCUUGAUGCUUGCUCUUUCUCACUUUUCCAAGAUUAAUGUACUUCUCAUUUACCACCUUUUCUCUCAUGCACGCUCCAAAAAUACAAUGCAUAAACCAAACUGCACUGACACAAUGGCAAUAAAGAAGUUUUAAGCACUUUACCUGUCAUUUUUCUAAUCCCAUCUGAAAUAAUCAGGAAUCUGAACAGUUUUCCAGUCCCUGACUGGAGGUGUUUUUUAACAUGUGAAUCAUCUUUUUGGUGGACAAGUUUUGAUUUGUCAUAAAAAUGGGAUGUGCUUUGUGUCUGUUCCCCAGCCUGACUCACCUCCUUGCUUAUCUUAGAUCAGCCUCCGAUGUAGUGUGCAGUGAUAGGUACACCUUUACAACAUGGCUGAUAAUUUGGAGAAUGUCAGGAGCUGUUAUAAUUGACACAUUAUUCUUGGCCCUUUUAUAAAAGAAAAUGAUCAUUUAUGAUUGUUGAGUUGGAAAUGUAAAUCCACACUGUGAUUAUGCUGCUACUUUUACUAUUUAUUUAACUAUAUUUCAGGUUCAGUCCUUAAGCUUGUUAAAUGUACUGGGUGUAGUGUGGUUCAUAGGCUUACAUACAGAACUUCCUGCUAUCGUUUUUCAUCCUUGUAAUUAGAUUUCCAGGGAUGAAUUUUUUUAAGUAGUCUCUUGUACAUGUGAAGUUUAUAAAACAUGUCAGUGUACACAUAGUAAAAUAAAUAUUUUCUGUUACACUUUUUGGUUGGUUCUGUUUAAUUUUCCUUUAAGGCUGGUCCUACUUUUCUGCUCAGUUCCCAUCACCUCUGACAAGGCUCACAGGAGCUGUGAACUUCACAGAAUUUCUUCAUUCCCCCUUGGCUCUUGAGCCCAGCCUGUGAAGCUGAGAGAGCCCUUCACUCACAGCACUUGAGCACAGCUUUUUAGUGAGAGCUGUGGACCGUCAAUGUCUUUCAGGAUUGGGUCCUUCAUCUGUUGUGUGGUUCUAGUUUUCAAUGUAAACUGCUGCUGUCUGUACUUAGGAAGAACAACUUUGUGAGAGAUGUGGGGCCCAAAAUCCUUGUGGGCUUAUCCACAUGCUUAGUUGUACAUACCAUGAGCAGUCAGUAGAGCUACUCAUUGCAAAUCCAGUUGAGCACCUGGACAAAUCUUGGCAGGACUUGAACCGUUGUUGGCUUGAGCACCCAAAAGUUUAAGGGCACAUUUAAAUCUUAGGACUGGUCCUACAGCUUUUACUUCUGUAAAUAAUCCUUGUGAUGACAAUGGUUAGUGUUCAUUAAUCUACUCAGGCAAAAUUGUAGGGCCAUGUACCUUAUUUAAGCAAUUUAAGGAUUACUUUUAUAGGAUUUGGGGCAUACACAGUCCAACAAGAAUUAAGAGCAUUCUGCAUGUCACAGAACUGCUCUACAAACUGCCAAAUUAGGGCUGGAAAUUUCACAGUACAGCUCUUUUGUAAGGUGUUUUUGGCUCUUCCUGCUUUGGGGGUAGAUUGGGGUUGCUGAGACAUACUGCUGUUACCCAGUACAUUGUCACUUCUGCUUUUGAUCUCAGGACCAGGAAAUGUGUAGACACAAUAACCUGAAAAAUAACAAUGACUGCAAGAGGGGAGGUGAAAAGAAGAUUUUGGUGGGGGGUGUUUGUGUCAGCUUUUACUUUCUCUAAAUGAAGCUGUAAUUUCUAGUGAAGAAACUGUUUAAUGGCUGAAGUUGCUUUUGAUGGAGGAUACCUAGCACAGGACUAUAUCUAAUACAAUUUCUCCAUUUCUGUAUUGCAAAAGAUUGUGAAAACCGACACUAAGACAUUACACCAGGUUUUUACAAAAUCUAACCCUAUCACAACCAAGGAACUCAGGGUCCGAACAGAUGCUAAAAUGGCCAUUUAUUCCUGUAUUUCCUCUGGCAUAUGUACAGAUGAGUGGGUUAAAAAUCCUAGAUAUGCUAUAUUUGCACAGUGGAAUGACAUUUGCUUAGAACUCCAAUUAUAUUCACAGAAGUUUAGGGCUGGAAGGGGCCUUGUGAGAUCAUCAGGUCCCGCCCCCCCUGCUCUGGGUGGGAAAGACUGCUGGGGUUAAAUAAGCCCAGCAAGGUGUGCAUCCAGUCUCCUUUUGAAGAUCUCCAGGGCAGGUGCCUGAGUCCAUUCCAGAGUCUGAUCACAUGAACCAUGAAGAAGUUUUUCCUUAUAGCCAGUCUGGAGCCUUCUAGGAGUUUUUGACUGUUGUUCCUAAUUUUCCCCUGAGGCGCUUUGCUGAAUAGUUGAAGCUUCGAAGAGAGAUAACGAGAGCUUUAAAAAAAUCUUAAAAAGUACUCUGCUGUUCAUUUCAAAGCUGAGUUUGAUUAAAAACCAAAGAUAAAGUUAUGGGCAAAAAUUAGUAUAUGCAUUAGUAUAUGGACAUAUUAGUAUACAGAUUGGUUUGCCUCUUGAAUUACAUGUCAUUUUUCUUGCUGCUACUAAAUUUAUCAUUUGAGUGAAGAAAACUAAUUUUUCAUUUUCUGUGUGUGUCAGGACUCCUCUUUUCAGGUUC